AUGGCGCCAAAGAUUUUUCUGACGGGCGUUACAGGUUUCGUGGGAGGCGAAGCCUUCUACCAACUCUACGAAAAGCAUCCAGACUUUGAGUACACGCUGCUUUUGCGUAAUGAGUCCAGAGGCAAACUGUUCCUAGAAAGGUACCCACCGCGAGAGAACAUCAAGCUGGUGUAUGGAAGUCUGGAUUCCGAGGAUGUGAUUGAAAAGGUUGCGGCGGCAGCGGACAUCGUUGUUCACACGGCGGAUUCCGCCGACGACGAGCCAUCAGCUCGUGCUAUCGCCAAAGGACUUGCAAGCAGUCAUUCGGCAGAGAAGCCUGGGUACUGGAUCCAUGUGUCGGGGACCAUGCUCAUCGCGGGCCUCGACAAGUUUGAAGACGUCAAGUUCCGCAGAGACACGGUACAUGACAUAGAUGACGUGGUGCUCAUUACCGAGGAGCUGCCAGACAAAUGUCCACAUCGACCGAUUGACAAAUUCGUCCUCGCGACCAACAAGACAUCGUCCGGAAGUGUGAAAACUCUCAUCGUCUGCCCACCUACCAUCUACGGCCAGGGACGCGGUCCGGUCAACCAAGGCAGUAUGCAAGUCCCAGGCUUGACGCGGUUCACUCUACGUGAGGGCUACGCGCCGAUACUUCCCCCGGGAACCGCCGCCUGGGACCAUGUACACGUCCGCGACCUGGGCACGUUCUUCGUGCUCGCUGUCGAGGCAGCUCUGGAUUCCACCAAGAACACAAACCCGGAGAUCUUCGGCGAACACGCCUACUACUUCCUCGAAGGCGGUGCACAUGUGUGGUCAGACAUCGCGCGCUUCAUUGCGGCCGCGGCCGAGAAGAAGGGGCUUCUCGAGGAUGAUAGUAAGCCGCAUGUCCGCGAGGUUACUGAAAAGGAGGUUGGCCAUCCUAGCUGGGAGCUGCACUCGCAUGGUAUUGCUGCGAGGGCGAGGAAGUAUCUUGGCUGGGAGCCCGAGGGGAAAAGUUUGAGGGAGACAAUCCCCGAGACGAUUGAUAUUGAGUCCCAGAAGUUGAAGAGUAAGUGA